AUUGCGGCGCUAGCCAGCCAGACCUUAGUCGGCAAACUUGGGCAUGCAUUCUGGGAGGCCUUUCUAGGUUCUUCGACGACAAGUCCUUCAUUACACCUCGCCCCUACAUCUGCAGCUAUGUGUAAAGAGUGGGAUGCCGAGAAAGUCCGCAAGGUGGUGGACGUUGAGCCUGCGCAAAAUGUCGUACAGCCUGUUCCGUCGGCAUCGGCAUCCUCUUCAUCAGCCCAGCAGCCGAAGGCGUUUGAGUACCUGUGGCUGCCCUCGACGACAAACGUCGGUGUACAAUGCCAGACGGAGACCAAUGGAGCGCACGAAUUACGAGGCGAGACAGCGUCAGUUUUAUUGUGA